AGGAGGAGUGGUCUUUACCAAGCUAGGCUUCAAUAAAAGGCACUUGUCUGGACCUCCGAGGAGACCAAAUUUUCCAGUAGCACCACCGACGACUGCUGCACAAUCAGAAAAAAAGGGGGCAGUUUAGUGAACUAGAAUAUUUGGUUUCAGAUAGUCUUUUUUAGAUUUGUUUUAUUAGAACACCUUUUCCCUUUUUUGCUUCAUUCCACUGAACAGCCUUUUUGUGCCAAAAGCAAACAGAAAAAAAGGAGAAAAUGAUGAGUCUGCUCUGCAUCACAGUGAUCUCUCUGACCCUGACUGGCAGGGCAUACUGUGAAACGAAUAAAGUAAUACCAGUUAAAGCUAAACUGGGUGCCACUGUCACAUUGCCCUGCCAGCUGGAAGACUCAAUAAUUGGACAUCGAGUUCUAUGGUACAAAGCUGAUGAUGAAGACGCCGAUUUUGAAGAAUUGGCGGGGUCCAUGGGAUUACAUGAGUGGACCUCCAAAAGCUUUAACAACCGGGUGUAUAUACAAAAGAUUAGUGAUAAUGAUGCAUCACUAGUGAUCACUGAUGUGUCUAAGGACGACAUUGGAAGAUACCGCUGUGAGAUUAUCAAUGGAGAAGAGGAAACAUUGCAUGAUUAUGAAUUGAUGGUGGAGUCUGAUAUUCCAGAAGGUGUCGUCUUCCCAUACUCCCCUCAUGGGGGCCGCUACAGCCUAAACUUUGAGCGUGCUGAGAAGGCCUGUGCAGACCAAGGCGCCGUGGUCGCCUCAUUUGAACAGCUGUUUCAGCAAUGGGAAGACGGUUUUGACUGGUGCAAUGCUGGCUGGCUAAAUGACGGAACGGUGCAGUAUCCCAUCAACAAACCCAGAGAGCCUUGUGGUGGCUCCCAAAAUGGCCCUGGACUUCGAAAUUAUGGAAAGCGAAACAAGAAAACCAGUCGCUAUGAUGUGUUCUGCUAUGUCUCCAAACAAAAUGGACAUUUCUAUUGGCUGGUGCAGCCAGAAAGGCUGAGUUUUGACGAAGCUGUGCAGGCAUGCCUGGAUGACGGCGCAGAAAUUGCCAAAGUGGGCCACAUGUAUGCCGCCUGGAGGCUUGAGGGGUACGAUCGCUGUGACGCCGGCUGGCUGGCGGACGGAAGUGUCCGCUACCCUAUUGCCAACCCCCGUAAAAACUGCAGCCCAACAGAAGCUGCGGUGCGUUUUGUUGGAUUCCCAGACAAAAAGAAAAAGUCUUACGGUGUCUACUGCUUCAGGCCUGAGCAGUGAGGGCAGCAGAAAGUGAUGGAGAAAAUAAUCACCAAAGAGCUGCAACAACAGCCAGUUAAAAUCAACAAUAAAGCAGAUACACUUUGGAUAUUAACUAGCAUGAAGUCAAUGUUCUUCUAAAGUUGCGAUAACACUAAAACACAUUUCUGAAAAUCUUGCCUCCAUAUGCAACAAACAACAGAAUGGUGGUUGCUUCCUUUCUUUUCCAGCUGUUCAUACAUUUAUAAGGCUGCUGGGUGUUCAUCUGAUGUACUGACACAAGAACUUAGUGGUUGACAUCUUUUAAAGGUGUAAAGUUAAAGAUGGAGAGCAGUUGUGCUCUUGUACAGAAGUUAUGUGCUGCUUUGAAAAAUGUGUCUGGAAUCGAGUGAUAUUGUGUUUUAUCAAGUAUCACACCAGCGAAGGACAACACUGAUUACAAUGUGAUAAACAUAACUUGGCUUGACGGUUGAGUUUAUGAUAUACAUGCAUGUUUCACUGCAGUUUCUUGUGUUGAAACUGCUUUUUCACGUCUAAAAUUGCAAAAAAUAUCUUUGACUCAAACAUUUAUGAUCAAAUCAACAACAGCAUUACUGAUUUAAUUUUUUUUUCUCAAUGAAUUUUCUUUUUUAUGCAAAACACCAUACAUAAUGUUUACAUUCAAGCAACAUUUUUUUUAUUAUUUUAUUUUAAAUAUUGACUUCUUGACAGAUGUUAAAGAUUUUACAAGUGAAAUUCCAAUUAAAUUCUUCUCUUUUUGUAGUUUUCAAACACACACGCAGGACUAGAUAGCUCUAGUGUAAGUCUGUUUCCCCUUGACCUUAACUAAAACCUCAGAAUGUGUAGAAAUAUUGAUAUUUUCUCUGUAAACAAAAACUUUGGCAUUUUAGUGACCACCUGAGUCAGAUUUGACUGAGCCAACCAGCAGUAUUUCCAUUUGUUUUUAAUUGCUUUCAAGGCCAUACUAAUCCUAUUCGUCUAAAUUUAGUAAUAGUCAUAUAGUGAUAAUUGGAAUUGGUAGUUGUCUAUCAUUUAGACCAGAGUUUGUGUGUUGUAACCCUGUAAGUUAGAGUUGUACCACAAUCAAUAAAUUGAUUGAUAAAUGUGUUUCAUAGUUUUGUGCUUCUGUAUUCUUUUUCAUUCUUCUAUUCAUGGCCACUGACAUAUGCUACUUACUUUAGAUGUGUGUUUGUACACACGUGCAUGAAAAGCUAAAAUAUGUUUUGUAUCUUUUGCCCCUCUUUGGUUGAAUUUCUAAUAAAGAGUACAACUUUUA